UUGGUUUCUAUAAAAAAGUGGAUGUUGCAAAACCUAGAAGAGAGGGAGAGGGAGAGGGAGAGGGAGAAGAGAGAGGGUUCGAAGCCAAGAUUGGUUUAGCGGCGCGUGACUUCGACCUGGAACAGUACUUUCCCUUUGGCGGCGACAAUUCUUGAGCCAUUCAGUUAGUGUCCCUGCACAGUCAAGUUAACAGCCAUGUCAUCCUCCAAGGUGAGCUUGAAGCUACUCAUUGACACAAAGGCCCACAAGGUCCUCUUUGCAGAAGCUGGAAAAGACUUUGUGGACUUCCUCUUCAACAUUCUUUCUCUUCCUGUUGGGACUGUAGUCAGGCUCCUCGGCAAUACCAGCAUGAUUGGCAGCCUUGGAAAUCUCUAUGAAAGCGUUGAAAAUCUGAAUGAAACUUACAUGCAAUCUAACCAGAGCAAAGAGACUCUGUUGAAACCCCAAGCACCAUCAAGUUCGGCACAAGUUGCCCUUUUGUUGACCGAUGAAGUCUCUACCGUUAAGAAAGUGUACAAGUGUGGAAGCUGUCAUCGAUACAUUGCUGAUGAACCGCGAGCCAUUUGUCCCAAUUGCCGGUACACUAUGUCCACUGAGAUGACAUGGGUUAAACCCAAUGUGGAUAACAAUGCUUCGUCUAGUGAGGGCGGUGGCUAUGUGAAAGGUGUGGUGACGUAUAUGAUCAAGGAUGAUUUGGUGGUGACACCCAUGUCUACCAUUUCUGGUAUUACAAUGCUCAACAAGUGCAACAUUACGAAUAUUAGUGCUCUAGAGGAGAAGGUUGUAACUUUUGGAAUGGGUGAGGGUUUGAAAUUGCUGAAAGCAGCUCUGGUAUCAAAGGAAGUUUUAACUAGUAUCUUCCUUGACGAGAAGGUGGCAGAGAAGGUGGCAAAGCCAGUGUAGGUUCGUAUAAUUGGAGCCUACAAUCAUAUUAAAAAGCUUACCACAAUUUUUUUUUGUUAUGUUUCAUGCUAGGGUUUGAAAUUGUUGAAAGACGUAUGAAUCUGCAGUUUGGUUAGUUCAACUUGUAAGCAGGCUGCAUUUUUGUGAAUGACUUGCAAUCAAAACAUUCAGAUCGUCUGAUGUGGUUUGGAAAAGAAAAGAAAAUGCUAUUAGACAACCUGUGUUA